UGAGGAACAGGUGAGCACAAUUAGACAAACAAGGCUAACAAGAGGGCGUGGUAAAGAGGAAACAAUAAGGAUGGGCGAAGAAGGAGAAAACAAUUAACAAGACCAUGUGCUGACACAAGAAACAAAACAAACAGAGUGACACUAAUUGUGCAAAAAAAAGGACAAAAACACAUUUUUACUGUAUUUUUUAAAAUGCUUUCUUUUCCAGUUCUCCCUCUGGAGAUUGAUGUUUAUGUAUUUGUCAAAGAGAAAUACUUCCUAAAGGUUAAUAUGGGAGAACAGGUUAGUUUUCACAGGACAUGGUGAUUCUUUAUUCUGGAAUGCAUUUGGAUAUCUAGAGGAAGGAUUUGACAGUUAUAAAAAUGAUAUUACAGCCCAAGCGAUUGAACAUUGUAUUUUUUUGCUUCCUCUUGUGUUACUCCCCAAUGCUUUCUGAAGAUGCUGAUAAAAUGGUACUUUGUUCUAAUCAACAUUAGUUGCCGUUCAAUAAAAAUUUAUUGCUAGGUUGUAUAGCAAGGACAAAAGCAUGUUGGAAGCUGUGUGAGUCUUCAGUAAGUGUCUGAGAUGGCCAGAAGAGUGUUUGCUUUGUCGUCCACGGAGCUGCUGCUCACUGCGCUGCUGGCUCUUCUCUUCGGGGUCUGUGUGGGACUCAGUGUGGUCACAUGGCUCGCUCUGGACAACAGAGCUGCGGCUGGUGAAGGAGAUGAGAUCGGCUCAGAGUUCACCGGGAGGCUCGUCAUCUCUAACGGAAGCAUUUUCACGGAGGAGCUGCUGAACAAAAACAGCGCGAAGUUCAAAGCUCUGGCAUAUGACACCGAGCAGAAGAUCGAUGACGCUUACAGACGUACGUCCCUUAAAGAGCAGUUCAGAAGCUCUAAGGUCAUUGAAUUCAGUGAAGGCAGCGUGGUUGUGUUCUUUGACCUGGUCUUCCGAGGCGCUCUGGAUCUGCAGACGGCUCAGGAGCAGCUCGUGGAUGGUUUACAGCAGGCUGGCGGAGCUGAGGAUGGACUGCUGUUUGACCUCGACAGCGUGCAGAUCUCAGAUAAACCAACUACAACCCAGAGACUGUCCACAGCAGAAGCAGUCACUCCAAUCAGAUGUCCAGAUGGACAGACGGUGUGUGCUGAUGGAUCAGCGUGUUUUUCUCAGUCGGACCUCUGUGAUGGAGCCAAAGACUGUGCUGACGGCACUGAUGAGAGUCAGACUGUCUGUGCAACAGUGUGUGAUGGUCAGUUUCUCCUGCUCGGUCCGACCGGAUCCUUCCACUCUAAGAACUUUCCCGAGGCCUAUGACAGUCCCACAGCCUGCCGUUGGAUCAUACGAGUGACUGAGGGCUUGGCCAUUAAAAUGGUCUUUCACACUUUUCACACGGAGCACGGCAUCGAUGUUCUGGAGCUGUAUGAGGGCACCGGCCCCAAGAAAACACUGACAUACUCUCUCUCGGGCACAUCACCUGGAGACGCAUGGCUCCUGUCUCAUGAAGCCACCGUUGAAUUUAAUGCAGACUACAGCAACAGCCUUCAAGGAUUCAACGCUUCUUACACAGCAGAGGAAUUCAGUGACCUCUCCAAUGAAGAGAGGAUAAACUGCUCCUUUGAAGAGAACUUCUGUCUCUGGAAGCAAGAGUUUUAUGAUGAUGGCGACUGGUUACGAGCACAAGGCGCUGUUCUCCCACCCGACACCGGCCCAAGCUUCGACCACACGAUCGGCAACGAAUCAGGGACCUACAUUGUGACCCCUCGGACCCCUGGAAGUUGGGAGAAAAAGUUCCGUAUCUACAGUCUUCCUCUGACUCCAACAAAGGAAUCAAUGUGUCUGCAGUUCUGGUAUCAUAUGUUUGGUGAAGAGGUGUGGCGUCUGACAGUCAUGGCACAGAAAGGCUCUUCUAUCACCGUCCUCUUCCAGAAAGAAGGGAACUAUGGUGACAGCUGGAAUUACGCUCAAGCCACGCUAAACAUGGAUGCUGAGGCUGUGGUGGUGUUUGAAGCACAGAAGAGGGCGGGAUUUCGGAACGACAUCGCCCUGGAUGACAUCAGCAUUGUGUCUGGUUCUUGUGGAGUGGCCCCUCCGGAACCGACCCCAGUCCCUACUCCCACCACUCCUCCUUACAUACCACAGGACUGUGGGGGACCCUUUGACCUGUAUGAAUCCAACUCAACAUUCAGCUCUCCAAACUACCCCAAUGGCUACGGACACAAAGCUUCAUGUAUGUGGACUUUACAUGCUAAGGAAGGACAGAAUAUCCAACUGCAUUUUCAAGACAUUGCUUUAGAGAUAGCUUAUGAUGUUUUGGAAAUCCGAGAUGGAGUGACACCCUACUCAGAGUUGAUAGGUGUCUUAACUGGGGAUCGUUCCUUCCCGGAUCUGUUUUCCACAAGCUCUCAGAUGACAGUAAUGCUUUUCACGGAUGUGUCAGGCAAUGACAGAGGCUUUCUCGCCAACUUCAGCACAGGCUUUAACCUCGGGCAGCCAGAUCCGUGUCCCAGCGGUCAGUUUCAGUGUGGCACAGGAGCGUGUGUGUCCAGCUCAGGUGUGUGUGACGGAGCAGAAGACUGUGCUGAUGGCUCUGAUGAAGCUGACUGUGUGCAUAUAAUCAAAGAUGACAUCACUGCAGCUGAACGACUGAGACUUCAGGUCCAGAAUCAUCUUUACACGGUGUGUGCUCAAGACUGGAGCUCUCAGCUCUCACACUUCUUCUGCCGAUACCUGGGCUACAGGUCAGGAGAUGCUUGGUUCCCUAGUGCUGUGGAUGCAGAUGCUCCUUUUACAACUGUGAGUGUGAAUUCCAAUGGCUCACUGGAUCUGAAACCCAGUGACACGUGCCUCAGCGAGAAGAUUGUGUCUCUGCACUGUAACAAUCAGCCAUGUGGCGCACGUAAAGUGCCCUUAAAAAGAGAGACUGAGGUGGAGACAGGCAGAAAGCAAGAGGGCAGAAUCGUGGGCGGGCAGGAUGCUCAGAAAGGGGCGUGGCCAUGGAUAGUAUCUCUGCGCUGGUUGGGCGGUUACGUGUGCGGAGCCACAUUGAUUGACAGGGAAUGGCUGAUUACAGCCGCACACUGUGUUCAUGGAAAGAACGUGCACCUGUCAAACUGGGCAGCAGUGUUGGGUCUUCACUCUCAGUUUGGCUCGGAUGACUCGAACAAACAGGUCCACGCAGUAGAUCAGGUGAUCAUGCACAAGCACUAUAACAGGAGAACCAAGGAGUCGGACUUUGCUCUGAUGCAUUUAAAGACGCCUGCCAACUUCACAGAUUACAUUCAGCCCAUCUGCCUCCCAGAUCCCGGCGCUCCGGUUGAAGAAGGGAGGAAGUGUUUUAUUGCUGGCUGGGGAUUUCUGGCUGAAGAUGGCCCCGUAGCUGAUGUGUUACAGGAAGGCAUUGUGCCAAUUUUAAGCAACAAACAGUGUCAGGAAUGGCUGCCGGAUUACAGCUUCAGCGAGCGGAUGCUGUGUGCUGGCUACGCUGAUGGAGGAGUGGACACCUGCCAGGGGGACUCUGGGGGUCCUCUGAUGUGUGAAGAGGCCGGCAGCUGGGUUCUUGUAGGAGUCACAUCGUUUGGUAUCGGAUGUGCUCGACCGCAGCGUCCCGGAGCAUAUGCUCGUGUCAGUCAGUUUGUUCAGUGGACGGCAGAGAAACGACGCCUCUAUUCAGACUGGAGUGGGCUCUAAUCAUUCCCCAUGCAGACACAACUUAUCCCUCGGCUGUUGUUCGGUCAUUUCAGACCGGAAAAAAAAGUCUUGAUGACUUUUAUGGCAGUCACUAUGUGAAGACUAAAGAUACUCAUGGACUUGGUUUUAAAAAGCUACAUGAAGCUAA